AUGAUUUUACAGCUGUUGAACACACUGUCAUUAACUAUUGCUGUGUCCUCAGGGAGGAGGGAUGUCCCUGCAUCCGCUGAGACCAGGCCAAUUUGUGGACUUAUGGGGACUAUACGCUUGGUGGCAGGCAUGUACCUGGUUGUCAUCACAAAAAAGAAGAAGGUAGGAGAUUUGCUGGGCCACACUGUGUGGAAGGCUCUGGACUUUGAUGUCAUCUCUUAUAAGAAGACAAUACUACACCUGACAGACAACCAGAUGCAAGACAACAAGACCUUUCUGUCCAUGAUCAACAAUGUGCUUCAUACAGACGGUUUCUACUUUGCAACAGACUACGAUUUGACCCACACUCUGCAGCGCCUGGCCAACACCAGCCCUGAGUUUCAAGAGAUGAGCCUUCUGGAGAGGGCAGAUCAGCGCUUUGUCUGGAAUGGAUAUCUUUUAAGGGAAUUCAUUGCACAGCCAGAGUUACACAAGUUUGUGUAUCCUGUUGUCCACGGUUUCAUUACCAUGAAGUCAUGUAGGAUCAAUGGAAAGGUGUUCGAGUGGGGUAUUAUCUCCAGGAGGAGCUGUUGUAGAGCCGGUGUCCGCUACUAUGUCCGAGGCAUUGAUUCAGAAGGCCAUGCUGCUAACUAUGUGGAAACAGAGCAGAUCAUGCAGUACAACAGUGCCAAGGCUUCGUUUGUUCAGACAAGAGGCUCCAUCCCCUUCUACUGGUCCCAAAGGCCCAAUCUCAAGUAUAAACCAAAACCACAGAUCAGCAAAACAUUUAACCAUGUGGAUGGACUCCAGAGGCAUUUCGACUCACAGAUCAUUCUCUAUGGAAGACAAGUCAUUUUGAACUUGAUCAAUCAAAAGGGCUCAGAAAAGCCACUGGAACUGGCAUUUGACAAGAUAGUGACCCGUUUGGGUAAUGGCAUGAUCAAGUAUAUAGCCUUUGACUUCCAUAAAGAGUGUAGUCGGAUGAGGUGGCACCGCCUGCAGAUCUUGGUGGACAUGGUUGCUGAAUUGCAGGAUGAAUUUGGAUAUUUCAUGGUGGAUGCAGAUGGGAAGGUGCUGAUGAACCAGGAAGGGACAUUUCGGAGCAACUGCAUGGACUGUCUAGAUCGUACCAAUGUCAUCCAGUGCCUGCUGGCCCGACGCUCACUCCAGUCCCAACUACGGAGAAUGGGAGUCCUUCACAUGAGCCAGCAGAUUGAAGAGCAGGCAGACUUUGAGAAGAUGUACAAGAACGCCUGGGCAGACAAUGCUGAUGCCUGUGCCAAGCAGUAUGCAGGUACUGGUGCCUUGAAGACCGACUUCACCAGGACAGGGAAGAGGACUCACUGGGGGCUGCUGAUGGAUGGCUGGAAUUCCAUGAUUCGAUAUUACAAAAACAACUUCUCUGAUGGUUAUAGACAGGACUCCAUCGAUCUGUUUUUGGGGAACUAUGGCGUAGAUGAAGCUGAUUGGACCACCCCACUACAUGACCCCAAAGACUGGAAGUUUCUGACGUUGCCUAUCAUCAUGGUGGUAGCGUUCUCCAUGUGUAUCAUAUGCCUGCUAAUGGCUGGUGAAACUUGGACUGAGACUCUGGCCUAUGUUCUGUUUUGGGGAACAGCCAGUGUGGCGACGGGUGGCCUCAUCCUCUUUAAUGGACCGGACUUUGUAGAUGUUCCCAAGCUGGUCCAGAAGGAUAAGCUGGACUGAAUGUGUGUGUGUGGAAAGCAGCUAGGCCCUGGUGAGCUCAUUGCCUCAUCUUCUAGCUCUUCAUCACUUUACCCCCAGCAUCAGCAGGCCUGGAGCCUUUACUAACAGAGGGUAGAGUGGAGGAGGGUGGUGGGCACCAGGGCUGGCCUUGUGUCCUACAAUGGUGGAAAGACUGAGACUGGGAGUGCACAGGCCUGCUGCUGUCCACACUGCAGCGAUUGUCAUGUGGAUAGGACUGUCUGUCCACAGAUUCUACUGGACACUUACCCACUGGGGUUUGUUUUUUCUGAUGUAAUUGUUCCUGAUUUCAGAGGAAUGCUGUGGGGCCUAUUUAAAAUUUCAGUUUGACCCAUUGCAUUCCCUUAAUGGAUGCAUAGGGAUCAGAUUCAGAACAGCUGCUGUGAUGUCACAGCACAGCUGCAAAUGAAUCACAGUAUGUACUGUUAGUUUGCCUGUUUGUUCCGAAGGCUCAAAGAAAUCUGGUCUGGCAGGGAGAGCGAGAGAGAACAUAAAUGACACACUGCAAAUUCCUAAAAGAAGCAUUAAAUAAGGUGAAUUGGGUUGGUCCAUAUACAGAUCCUUGUGGAACUCCAUGACUAACUUUGGUGUGCAUGGAGGAUUUAUCGUUAUGUACAAACAGAUCAACGUGAUAAAUAGGACUUUUAAUGCCAAUUAAAUGUUCCAGUCUCCAUAAUAGGAUAUGAUAGUCAAUGGUGUUGCAUGGAGCACUAAGGGUAAGUUCAGACUGGAGGCCUUAAUGCUCAAUAUUUUUUCCCCCAAGAUCCAGUAUUUUUAUCUGAUACAUUAUUGUUUAAAUGUGGCCCAUAUCAGACUGCGGUGUGAACUGUCCACAACCUGAAACGGACCUGCAUGCACAGUAGAAUAACAUGUCGUCACUCGCAGCAAGCUGUUGUACAAAAGUAAACAGAGCCUCUAAGGUUAGCUCCAGUUAGCUCCUACUUGUUGACCCUCCCGAUUUUAACGUUUGAUUUCCGCUUUUCAUUGUCCUCUCACGGGGCACAUUUCUCCCGAAUUAUGAGAAGUGUUCACAAGUUUCUGUCAUUUUUUCUUACUCUUUCUCUCUCAACCCUCCCACUGUGUCCGCUCAGACAAAUAGCAUGCACACAACUCAGAAGAGAGCUUGCGGUCCGGUGGAUUUCAGGUGUAAGAAAGGGAAAUUGUGAGCAGAUGAUAGCGAGGUAGAGGAGGAAGAGAGCCACAUGUUUAUAAUGUUUGUGGAGCUUUUGCGUUCACUGCGGCUCCAUCUACAGCAGAACAGCUGCUCUAGAGUGACGUCAAACUCGCAUCAAUUCCAAUCCGAGUGUCCAGACUCGGGUCGCAUUUAAAAAGAUCGCAUCUGUAUCAGAUUUGGACUACAUAUGAAAGUAGCCCAAAUCCGAACCGGAAGAGAUCAGAUUCCAUGAAAAGAUCACAUAUGAGCAAAAAAAUCGGGUUUGGAUCACAUUGGCCGACAAGACAAGUACAGUCAAGUCAUUUGUCAGAGGCAAUGAGGAGGUCGUUAGUAAUUUUCACCAGUGCUGUCUCUGCUAUGAUGAACUCCAAAUCCUGACUGAAAAUCCUCAAAUAAACUAUUGCAGAAAGUCACACAACUCAUUGCUUUCUCAAAAGAAUGGAAGGUUAGAUAUAGGUCUAUAGUUUGCUGAAACCCCUGGGUCAAGAGUGGGCUUUUUAAUUAGAGGUUUAAUUACAGCUACUUUGAAGGACUGUGGCACAUAGCCUGUGAAGACAGAUUGAUCAGAUCUAACAAAGUAGUUGUCAGGUUUGUAGAGCGAAACAGUCAGGAUAGAGCCUAAAUGCACAUCAAGGACCAGACUGCGGUUUGUAACAUUUAUUGACACUUAUGAACUCAAAGUGUAUACGAGAUGGUGCAGGGAGUCCAUGAACCGAAAAGCAGAUCUGGAACAGACAAGCAGGAACACUCACGACGAUGAUGACCGGACACAGACCGGGCAAACGGACAGACUGAACACCAGUGGUGGGGAAAGUACACAAUUUUCAUACUGUAAGUGCAGAUACACGGAAAUGUCUUGCUUACAGAGUCACUAAUCACUCCCUGUAGUAAAUAAAACAUUACUAGCAAAACUCACACUUUCUUAGUCAGGAUGUUAAAUGGACCAGGUUUUUCAAGCCUUCUGUAUGCAUGAAAGUUUUUUAUAAAACCUUUGUGAAAGAGAUGAUUUUUAUAAUACCACAGGACCCUUAAUACUAAAUUUAAAAAGACCAAAACCCUCCUUAAAAAUAAAGCACUCUAUUUAAAGCCAAUGAAAUGGAAACAAAUAUUUGAGGGUUUCUUGUAUACUGAAGUUGUGUCCGCUGGAAAUGGAGCUCUCUGGUCAUCCUGACUCGUCUUCCUGUGGAUACCGACUGACUUGACUGAAGCAUGACGCCUGCCUAGCAAUUACGUCCUGCUCUGAGAGUCUGGUGGAGGGUCCGGGGGUCCGGAGUUAUUGUUUUAAGUUUUCAUCAGUCAGGAUGUUUCUACGAGAAGCCAAAGUCAGCCUCCUCUCCUCCAAAGCAAACAGACCAUCUGAUUACAAUAGGUAAUAAAGCAUGUUAAAAAUCACGUUCCUCCAACGUGCAGGCGGAGACAGAUGUGAGUGCUGCAGCUGAUCAGCUACUCUUUUCCCCUGGAAGUGUUUUCCGUCUACGCUGGAGAGGCCCCGUUCUGUUUCCAGACCUGCUAAACUGUUGCAUUGUUUUAUGUUUGUGUUUCUUUCUCUGUGCUGUGAUUGCUUUGAGAACUUGAUGGCUUUAUCCAGAUUGUUUUUAAAUUUGUUAUGAAUUUGAAUCAUGUGCCAUUGUACUCCCACACAAAAAAAGCUAGUGUUAGUGGUCAAGAAUAUUGUCAUUAUAUUCCAAUACAAUCUGAUGUUCAUAUAUACAUUUUUCUUAUGCAUAGUGACAUUACUAAAUAUUGAUACCUGUCUGUCGCUCUGUAUGCUGUAUGUCAGAGUAAUAACAUACGCACACAGGAAUGGGCUGAAGGAACCUUUAAGUUUGUUGAAAAGUAAAUCUGGGGACUUUUGGUGGAAACAACAA